CGGCCAUUAAAGGGUUUAGCAGUUGCUGCACCACCGCGGUCAGAACUUCUGGGUUUGUCAAAUUUCCACUUUUUCUCACUUGGGUUACACUCAGAGAUGCCAAUUUCUCACUCUUAACACUCUCCAAUUCUUCCUGUUCUUGUACUGAAGAGCUAUGAUAAAGAAGAGGCCUGUUCUCCACAAAUCCUACUUCUUCAGAACAAGAAGACGAUUAACUACAUGCACUCUUCCAUUAGAGCCGCCGACUACGUCAGUCUCAAUACCCCAAAAUGACCACAAAAGUCUCUGCUUUUCACUAGCAGACCAGCUCAAUCGCCGAGGACUAGUGUCCUCCGCCCAGCAAGUCAUUCAGCGAAUCAUAUCACAGUGUUCUUCGGUCCCCGAAACAAUCUCUGCUGUUGAUUUUGCAAUCACGCGAGGUAUGGAGCUUGAUUGUUCUAGUUAUGGCGCUCUUAUUCGAAAACUUGUCGGUUCAAAUGAACCCCAAUUAGCUUUGGCAGUGUAUAAUGGUAGCAUUUUGAGUAAAGGAAUUGAUCCCGACACAUCAUUAUUGAAUUCAAUGGUGAUUUGUUUUUGUAAAUUAGGGCAAUUAGAUGAUGCAAAAUGUCAUUUUGAUAGGCUAAUUGAAAGGAAUGAUGGUCCUUGCAAAGCCACGUGCAAUGAGAUUCUUCAGGAGUUUUGUGCCCAAGAUAGAUUUUCAGAGGCCUUUGAGUACUUUGCUAAGGUCAAUGAUUUUGGAAUUUUGUUGGGUAUGUGGUGUUACAAUAAGUUGGUUGAUGGGUUAUGUUUUAGAGGUUACUUAGAUGACGCUUUAUAUGUGUUUGAUAAAAUGCGUGAUACACAGAUUCUACCUACUGUUCUUUUGUGCAAAUCAUUGGUUCUUGGGUUUUGUAGGAGGGGUCGGGUGGAGGAGGCCGAGUUGUUGAGUACAGAAAUGGAGUCUUAUGGUUUUGUUUUGGAUAAAGUUAUGUAUACUAACCUUAUUUAUGAGUAUUGUAAGAGUAAGAAAAUGAAGAUGGCUAUGAGGUUGUUUUUGAGAAUGCUUAAGAUGGGGUGUGACCCUGAUAAUUAUACUUACAACACAUUGAUCAAUGGGUUUGUCAAUUUGGGUUUGUUUGAUAAAGGGUGGGUUUUGCAUAACCAGAUGGGGGAACGGGGAUUGAAGCCUGAUGUGGUAACGUACCAUAUCAUGAUCAGCAAAUACUGUAAGGACCAGAAAGUUGAUUGUGCGCUUACGCUUUUAAAUAACAUGAGACGUUGCAAUAUUACUCCCACUGUGCACUGUUACACAGUCUUAAUUGCUGCACUUCAUAAGGUUAAUAGGUCAAUGGAAGUGGAUGAAUUAUACAAGGAGAUGCUGGACAGUGGAAUUGUUCCUGAUCAUGUGCUGUUUUUCACCCUCAUCAAGAAUUAUCCAAAAGGGCAUGAGCUUUUUCUUGCUCUCAUGAUUUUGCGGGCAGUUGCCAAGAAUGGAUGUGGAUAUGAUUUUUCAUCUUUCUCAAGCUCUGCCACUUCUAGAUCUGCCAGAGACAUUGAACUUGAAAUUGAGCAUCUGCUAGGGGAAAUUGUGGGAAGCAACUCAAGUUUAGCUGAUAAGGCCUUCAGUAUUUAUCUUAUUGCAUUGUGUGAGGCAGGAAACAUUGAUGCUGCUCUGCUUUGCAUGGAUAAAAUGAUGAGUAUUGGAUGCCAGCCGUUGCUUUCUGCUUAUAAUUCCUUGAUCAAGUGUCUAUGCCAGGAGGGAUUUGUUGAGGAUGCCAGGUCUCUGGUUGAACUCAUGCAAGAUAGGGGGAUGGUUCCAAACCUAGCAACUUACCUGAUAAUGGUGAAUGAGCAUUGCAAACGGGGCGACAUAGCAUCGGCCUUUUAUGUUCUGGACCAAAUGGAUGAAAGAGGAGAGAAGCCUAGUGUUGCUAUUUAUGACUCAAUUAUAGGUUGUUUAAGUAGAGAAAAUAGAAUAUUUGAAGCAGAACACGUGUUUAAGAGGAUGCUUGAGGCUGGUGUUGAUCCUGAUGACACUGUGUAUGUCAAUAUGAUUAAUGCCUACUCUAAGAAUGGACGAGCAAUUGAGGCCCGUCAACUUUUUGAUAAAAUGUUGGAACAUGGCUUUCAACCAAGUUCCCAUGCUUACACAGCACUUAUAAAUGGGUUAAUUAAGAAGAAUAUGACUGAAAAGGGCUGUUUAUAUCUUGAUAGGAUGUUGGAAGAGGGUUUCUUGCCAAAUGCUGUGCUAUAUACCUCUCUUAUUAAUCAAUUCUUGAGGAAGAGAGAGUUUGAAUUUGCAUGUAGGUUAAUUGAUUUGAUGGAAAAAAGCCAGAUUGAAGGAGAUCUGAUUAACUAUAUAACAUUGGUCAGUGGUUUUGGCAGAAAUAUGACCUUUAUCAAAGGAAAAUGGCAUGUUGCACAUAGAAAGCCUGAAAGGGAAAAGGAAAUGUUGUUUCAUUUACUCCAUCAGAAAACUUUGGUGCCAAUAGAAAGCAAUCUGAAAAUCUCUAUUUGUUCUCGGGAAGAAUUGAAAUUCUUUGUGUUGAAGUUGAUCCAGAAAGUUAGAGGAACUAAGUUUAUGCCAAAUCUGUACCUUUACAAUGGGUUGAUUUCUGGCUAUUGUUGGGCUGAAAGGAUGCAAGACGCAUACAAUCAUCUUGAACUGAUGGAAAGAGAGGGUGUGCAACCCAAUCAGGUGACUUUCACUAUUCUCAUUGAUGGGCAUAUCCGAUUUGGUGAAACUGAUCUUGCUGUUGGGUUGUUCAAUCGAAUGAAUACUAAAGGUUGUGCUCCAGAUAGAAUUCUUUACAACACUUUGAUAAGAGGCCUAUGCAAGGGUGGAAGGCUACUUGAUGCAUUGUCACUCUCACAUACAAUGCAUAAAAGGGGGUUUUCUCCUUCUAAGGCUUCUUAUGAAAAUAUACUCAGUUGUCUUUGUGCCACUCAUUUGAGCUUUCAUGCAUUGAAGAUAUGUGAGGAUAUGAUUGCUCAUGAUUACUUUCCUUGCCGGUAUAACCUUAACUGGCUGCUUUGCAUUUUAUGCAUAGAAGACAAACUGAAUGAAGCUUUUAUGGUACAUGAUAUGAUGCUCAAGAGAGGAAGAUCUAUAGAUGAGAUGACACAGAGGUUGCUGAUGGAAUCAUGCCACAGGCAGGGAGAAAAUGGCUUAACUUCGUGACUGAAGAUAAGAUCCUUAUUCAAAGACAUGAAGUUUGUAAUAUAUGGACGAACACUUCCCGAACUUGGUUACCAUUGAUUUACCCUUUGGUAAUUGAUAAAUCCUGGACCCCUUUCAACGAGGCCCAUCUGUAGUUGACAACCAUCAGGUAUUUUCCAAUCUUCAUGCCAUUGCCAAAUACUGGUGGUAGGAGGGGAUUUGACUCUUGAAGAUUUAGUGGAAAAAAAAUUAACUGGCAAAAGUUUUAUAAGAGAGAUAUCUUCAAUAACCCAGUUUUCACUCCGUUUUCAAUCCAGAGCAUCACUGCCAGAGUUAUCACUACUGCUUCAAUCACUAGGUACUAUCAUCAUUGCACUCCUCCGGCAUCAUUGCUUCCACCAAAUAGCCACACCAUAAACCUUCGCUAAUAUUGUACCUCCUCUGUCAUUAGCACACCUGUCACCGUUACUACAAUUAUCACCACAUCCUUCAUCAUCGGAUUUCCAUGACCAUCUGUAUCAAUUCAUGGGAAAUAUAUAAAUUCUCUGAACUGCAUGGCUUCUGGAUUCAGGUGAUUUAUUUGUGUUGAAUUAGGAAAUCAGUAGUUCCCUAUUUUUAACUCAGCACUCCACUUUCAAAGCCCAUUAUGGAAAAAACAAUUGUCACAUUUUUGUUUGAUCUAUUCCUUAUGUUUAAAUGACUUCUAACAUAUGCUUUGAAUUCUUUGUUUACAAGAUUUUGUUACAUGGUAUAAUGAUUUGAGAACAUCUUUGCUAAUGAACUAUUGAACACAUCCCUACUAAAUGCAGAAAGCCUCUUUCUUGGAUUAGUGAGUGCAUUGGAUUUCCUAGAACUUCGAGAUGGCAAGUUCUAUCGUUGGUGCCAAAAACCUUGCUGCGUAGCAAUCAAUAUCAUAUCUGGAGUGUCUGAAGAAACUUUUGCUCUCUUAUCCCUUUUUUUUUAUUUAAGGUCAUUGAUAAUUACAAAAGAAGUGAGGGAAGUGUGAGGGCGAAGACAAUGGCUUAGAAGUCUUUGACAGCAUAGAGGAGGUGAUUUCAAAAUACAUAGCAUGUGGCAUAUAGUGUCAGAAGAGUUUAUUUUAUCUUUGCAGUUUAUAAAAUAGGACUUUUUUUUUUUGAACAGAUAUAAAAUAGGACUUGAAUCAUGUUCUGUAUGCACCUUUUUUAGGCUAAUUUAGGAAAUUAGAAUUUCCCGUUUGUUAAUGAUACUUUUUAAUCUCUCUCCUCUUAUUCUGUUACAGGUUGUGUCCUAUGGGCUUCUUCUUUGAUGGAGAACUAAAGAAUUCCUGUGACUAGGGGUGCCUGGAUUAUGCCUGAGGUAUAUGAAGUUCAUUUCUUGCUUGCUUUCUUAAGACAUUUAUCCCACUACUAUAUCAACUUCUAUGUCUGCUCAUUAUUUGCCACCACAAACUCAAGGAUUAGACAAAUUGGUUGCCUUCGAGUGACUCUUGAUGAUUAAUCCUGUGUUAGCAAAGACAAAGAUUUUGUGAUUGUGUAUAAAUUUGAAACGUAUUUAUCUAAUCCUGCUAGGUCUUUGAAGAUUUAGUCUCAUCCAAGAAAUACUGCUUUAUUUUAGUUUUCUGGGGAACUUUCAUCAGUGACGGUGAUCGAAAUAAUGCAGUAAUUGUCUCUUGGAGGCUCAGGGUUUGAUGUCUUUGAGCCGGAAUUCCUUUUUUCAUAUCAAGAAGUCGUAAAAGAUAUUACAAUUUUGCUGCGGGUGUGCAAAAAGAAGAUAAGAAAUGGCAGCCCAGUGCAUGAGGCUUCUCCCACUACAAGGUCUAGCGAGUGUUAGAUGUACAUGGUCUUACACCACAUGCGGAUACACUGAUUAUGUUCGCUAUUUUUUCUUUCGAUAAGAAAGGCCUCUCUAAGGUGAUUUGUUGGAAGAAGGAAUGCAUUGUGCUUGGUGGGGGUACUAAUUCCAUUUUCAUGCUGGCUCAAUGGGUGAUUUGAUAUCAUGGAUCUUGCUCACAAGUUAAGGAUGUCAUAUCUUGAAGUACCUGUUUUUUGAUUAGCCUAUUUCUGUGAUAAAUGUAAGCUUUUAUCACAAAUCCCAGUGUUGAAGCGAACGUGAAGCUUGGAACCUUUUUGCUCCUUCAUGCUCAUAU